GAGACUCUGAAAUCGCUCAAUUCUGCACGCGACAUCGUGCUGCGCGAUCCCACUCUAUACCCUGCCGUAGUGCCUGGUAUCGUUCAAGUCGUUACGCCUGCAGCACAGCUCGAGCUGCGAAGAUGGGGCGCCGAUUUCCUCGCAGAAACGUUCGCUUCGCAGGUCGUGACCCGAGAAUCGAAGCAGCAGAUGUCUUCGGAGGUGCUCGAUACUAUCAAAGGCUAUUUGAACCGGAAGGAUAUCGCGGGGGAGGAGGAGGACACGAACGUCGUGAAGAGCGCGGUACAAUGUGCUGCGAGCAUAUAUGAGUUCGUGUUCAGGCACACGGUGACCGCGCCGACAGAUACGGAGACAUGGGCCAAGAUCGCCAGCAUCAAGAGCAGCAUUUUACGGAGGAUGGACACAGCAGCGCCCGGAGUACGGAUAUGUUGCAUCAAAUUUGUCGCAUGCGUGGUACAGACUCAGACGCCAGGCUUGGUCGCAGAUCCUCGGCGGCCUGAGUAUGAGAUCAGUCUGGCGCUUGUACCAAGAGACCACCCUGUCAUACCGCCUGCCAACCUCGAGGCUGAGGCUUCUGGACUUCUGGACAGGCUGUUGAGUGUGCUGCAGGACAAUGUCGAUGACCCUCUCCUCGUGACUGCCACCUUGAACGCCCUCGCAAACCUUGUGCAUAAGCGCGCGAGUGUCGCGAGUAAGGUCUUGACCACAGUCCUCAACUUCAACCCGCUCAAGUCAGCGACCCGACCUCUAUCAUCCAGAAAUCGAGUCACCAUCAGAAGCAUGACACGAACAACGAUGUCCUUCCUUCUGAAUUGUCUUAAACGCAACCCAAACAGCACCUUCGCUGGCAGGAUACAGCAGCAAAUCGAGCGGUUGAAACACAACUUGACGGAAGUGUUCUCGGAGAACAAUCAACUAAAGCGACCUGCCCCUGAUGCGCCAGCCAACGGAUUAGACGACGCGAAGCGGCAGCGACUCAACCAUGCAGCAGCAAAUGGAGCUCCUGUGCAGCAACAACGACCUCACCCGCCGCGUCCAACCGCAUAUCCCCCCUUACCACCUGGCCCGGUAUCUCUUGCCCAAAUAUGGACGCUUACAGACGAUGUCCGGAUAAACACAUUCCCUGUCGAGCGUGUGCCCCGAAAUAUCAUGGAGACGCUAGUCCCUGCUCUCUUCCAAGCCCUGACCGAGGACCGACUGAACGAAGCCAUCAAUGUGGUGAGAUCAAGGUGGCUCGAGCUGAGCAAGAAAACAGCGGUGGAUGCCGCCAAAGCUGUCACUGGUGACGACGAUGAUGACGAUUACGAUCCCCUCGCGACAUUCGAGGACACCGACCAAAUCCUGAACAGACUAGAUGAUGCACCUCCCAAUGGUGUAGCUCCCGAGAUUGCUGUCACUACCUUCAACUUACCUCCGCCUCCGCCCCUGACCGACCAAGAUCGAGACGAAUACAGCAAGACGGCUUUGACGCGCGUCUUUGGAACCCUUGCGAGUCUCGACAAAGAAGCCAAACCAAAGGCUCGACAAGCCCACGAGCAUGGCUUCAAUAGACUCGCAGCCGUUUCAGCGAGUCACGAUAGAGAAGGCUGGAUCACGCUCGUCACUCGACUAGCAACACGGUCUUCGUUCGACCUAGGAGAGAAGGACGAAGUGAAGAAAGAGAACCAGGACCGUUCGCUCAGCAAAAGGGGCCAUGUAUUCAACCUCUCCGCUGGCAUACGCGAGUCACUUUUGAACUAUGUCAUGGAGAGCUUCCGGAGCAGGAUGGAGGUGGCUAUCAUCUGGCUGAAUGAGGAGUGGUAUUCAGAUCGAUUGCAGCAGAAGCAGAACGAAGCACAAGGCAUGGAUGUCGACAGCGACGACCUGCCGAAUUACUGGUUCUGGACAUUGCGACUACUGGAUGGUAUGAUGCCAUACUUCGACGUCAAAGAUGGUCGCAUCCUCAUCAGAUUGCUGUCCGAAGUACCGGCCAUCAACCGCGAUGUGCUUGAUAGAGUGAGGAAGAUUGCCGAGGAUCCGGAGCGUGUGGCCAUCAGCACGAAUGCGCUACUGUAUCUGAUCAUGUUUAAGCCUCCGGUGCGGGAGCUUGCGAUCGAUUGUGUGGAGCAGAUGUGGAGGGAGAACAGUGAUGCGAAGACUUCGACGAAGAAGAUUCUGGUGAAAUGGCGGCCGGCAGUGCUCGAGGAG